AUGCUUCUAACACUCCGAAAAUUUCUAAAUAUUUUCUUUUCAAUUUUAUUAUUUAAACAUAAUUUUGAUUGGCAACAUUAUUUAUCGUCAUUGUUAGUUUUAAUUGGAACUUUUACUUUUUAUGAAGGGCAUAAGAAGGUUAUUGAAUGGAUGAGACUUGGAAGAGGAGAGGAAAGUGAGGAGGAAGAAAGGAAGGAGAAGAAAAUAUAAAUUUUGGGAAAAAAUUGUGUUGUUUUUUGUAUUAAUAUGUAUCGAAAGUAAAUGCUCAGAAAUUUAUUUUUUUU